UCCGGGGCCCCACGCGCGCCACGUGUUUCGCGAGGCCGGCGUGCUUCGUGAGUUUCGGAGCUCGUCAAGGGUCCCCCGGCGGUGAACGGCGAGUGGCGGCGGCUGUCGACGCUCGUCUGCGGCGAUGGGCAAAGUGAAAAGGGCGCGGCAGAAGUUCCACCGGGCGGCCGGAAAGGAUGGCGGUGGUGGCGGCGGCGGCGGUGACGAAGACUUAUCGCUGACCCCAGUGUCGGUGCUGGCCCAGAUUAGCUCGCUCUUCUCGGCGACUGACGCAGAUGAUGGCAGCAAGCAGCAAGAUACCAAAGAUGACAGCAAGAGCGUUGUCUCCAGCAGAACGGGUGAAAAGCUUCAGAUUUCCAAGAAGGACAAGAGGAAAAUGAGACAUGAUAGAUUUUUAGAAAAAAUUGAGGCGAUAAAAAUUGCCCGGCAGAAGCAGCUUGAGAGGAUUAAGCGCAGCAAAACGGCCGUGGUGGGAGACAUGCACACACUGGCAAAUGCCCUGCCAGAACUUGACCAGCUGAGUGCCACCAUUGCACAAAAUACAAGCAAAUGCACAAGUGACACACUCCAAAGAAGUAAUCCAAGCAAGAUAACAAAAAGCAAGCGAAAGAAGAUGUUGGAAGAUGAACUGUCACGCCAUGCCCAGGUGCUGAGUCACCCAGCUUUCAAGGCUGAUCCUUUAGCAGCAAUUAGUGAACACCUGCGGAACAAGAUGAAGCAAGAAGAUCUGGAGCACAUGCAGCAGUCCUGAUGCGUGUGUGAACGCCCGUUACAUUUUAACGCAGCUUAACGAUUUGCAAACCUCUGCUUCUAAAAUAAAUCGUACUGGCUGUGGAGUUAAUGUAAACGUAGCCGUGGAGGAUGGCCCAGUCCAUGCUUUGUUUGGCAAUGGCUCUACAAAUAAUGCAGCUGUAGAACUUAAUGUCUAUUUCAGAAGGUGAUUGUAUCUUUGGACAUCUGUUGUUGUGUACAGCUGAAGUGACAAUUGUUAUUAAAUACUGAUACGCAGAUGUCAAACGCUCUUGGUUUGUCAAGCUGGAAUGUUAACCACUACAACGUUGCUUCCUUCUAUUGUGGUGCAACAGCCCAUGCUGAAACACUGGAACGUUGCCGCUUCUCUUUGGCAACAUAGUUGCACAUUACCGAGCCAUUAUCGUAAAUCACAACCCGCCUUAUGUCACUACAUUGCAGGCCAUGAGGCCCGAUGCUUUCUCGACUCCCUUACCCUGCCAUCUUGCCUGGUUGCAUGGCCCAAGGUUGCUCACAAAUCCAUCGGGGGAUUCAAGCAAAGAAGGAUAACAUUUUGGCCUAUGAAUAAUAAAGGCACUCUAGAGCUGCAACGCAGUGGAAAUAGAGUUGCAGACAGGCGAAAAGGAAGGACUCGUGUCUGGACCAUAACAGAAGGUCGGUGUAGUUGGAUUGUACAGCCAGGAGGAGGUAUUUCCCUUUUUAUUUCGAUUUUACUUCAAAUUAAAAUUAGUCAAAGUGUUUCAUGUUGUCAUCUGAUGAGACUAAACUUGGAGUAAUACUAGAUUACGUUUUUAUGCCUUCGGUUAACUGGCAACAUCAAUGUGUUGGAAUCAACGUUGCUCAUUGCAUUGUAUGCUACAUUUGUUUUAUUUUAUGAAAUGUAUUGUACAAUCUUGCGCCACUACAUAGGAAACGUGUUACUCAUGAUAUAAUGUACACGAUUGUUAAGGUAAUGUAUCCAAUCCACGCAUUACAUUUUAAUGUGCUUGCAUGCUGAUGAGGCUCAAUCUUUUCGUGAUGGCGCAUUAGCUGUAAUUGGCGAGGCAAGUGCAAUUUCCAAGUCGAUCAAUGGCCCGCCUAGUUUUUCUUUUUUAACUGAAGAGGUCUGCUGCAUCUUCCGUUGGGUGGUGGUGGCGGCGCACGCCUGUAAUCCCAACACCGGAGGCAAGGGUUGGUGGACCACCUGUUUUAUCAGAUCCCCCCCCCGUGGGUUUCGAGGUGCCAUACCCUGGCUCGCCAGGAGAAGGCGGUACAGCAAAUGCCUUGCUGAUCUCGUCAAGGAGCAUCCACCAUCACGUGAACUCCGUUCAUCCUCGCAGAACAUUUUGGCUCGCCAUCGGACAAAGAUGGUCACUGCAUCGCGCGCUUUCAGAUGCGCUGCUGCGGCCGUCUGGAAUGCCAUUCCGAUAUUAGGAAGCCAAUGGAGCUAUGCAGUUCUAAAUCUAGAUUGAAAGCUCUAAUGCAUUUUGUGUUUUGUUCUCCCCCCCCCGCACCUCUGAUUAGCACGGUUAGCUACGUAUGAUGUGAAAUAGGUUUUUUUUUUGUAUGGGAUAGAGUGUUGCCCCCUCACAUGCGUGAAUUAUCUCCGGGCGCCCCGGUUUCCUCCCACGCGUAACACAUUCGUGCGGAGGGAGCUGGUAGGAACGAUGGGUUGCGCGGUCAAUGGCCAGGGUCAACGGCGGCAUGGUGUAUUCCGCAAAUAUGGCCGACUGAGGGCGGGCACAAGCCGGCGUGAGUAGGUUCAACGUUGAGUUUUAUAAGGGCACCACGGGGUGACCAGCCCCUCCCCACCCAGCCCCACCCUCCCACCCUCCACCCAAACCCACCCUCCCCACCCAGCCCCUCCCCACCCAGCCCCACCCUCCCCACCCAGCCCCUCCCUGCACGACGGACGGACACAAUAAUCCCCUGUGGGCUGGUGUAACCAGGAGGUUCCUACCAGUAUAAACACUCGUUAAUUGGCCAGAAACAUGAAUACGUAGAGGACCACAGAGCUCGGACAGAUGUUGGUAGCUCCGGGGCAGCGCCGCGUGGUGAAUGUGCGUUUCAAGUUCGAAGUGACGUUGGAUUUAAAAAUGAAGAUGUAUCGAGUGGGAUUUAGAACGGUGCAAAACAUUGGCCGCGGAUAGCGUUUUCUUCGGCAGAUGAGAACGCGGCACGAUCCAGGGAUAAAGACACGGCGCCCAUUUCUGUUGAUAAAGCACCAAGCUGUGAAAACAGUGUUCCCAUUGCAGCAUCAUAACAACUUCGCAGUGUCGGAAACAAUCGCCUUUAAUAAUGAGGACACAUUUUUGGCAUUGUUAUUUUCCCCAUUUGAAACGACAACUUUCACACCGACUGCAAAGGUGUUCGUGGUUGUUCCUGUACGGCUCUGGCGUGUGCGUUCGGAUUGUAGCGCGUUUUGUUCGGCACGAAGUCUGACCUGUAAUCACUCUACGUGUUGGGGGCUUCUUAAGGAACUGGAGAAGCUCACAUAAGUUGGACAUGAUGCCGUAUUCACGUCGGAAAUCUAUCCGUCUACUUGCUAGAUAGUGGUGAGAGUGUGUCUGCGUUAGGCCGACAUUUUGGUAUAAACGAGUCGACUGCGAAAUCGAUUUAAAGAACGCUGCCCAUAGUGCUAAAAUGAUAGCUGCGUUGUUAUCAAACACCUGCAUCUCGUAAGGAGUCAUGCAUUUUCACCAGCACUUAUCUCAUCAAAUAAUCAUCUUCAAAGUUAAAAAAAAGAAUUGCGCUUUGUUUUAUUUAUUGUAGUCAUUGUUAUUCAACAUUUACCCCCCCCCCCCUCCCACCAUGUUCACUCAUACAGGACCGUAACCCCGUUUUUCCCAUUGCGACAAGGUUUCUGCAUUCGCGAAUUCUCCAUUAGCGAGCGUUUUUAACAACGUAACCGUCACGGAUAGAAGAGGGUUUACUCUCCUUGACACCGACACCAACAGCGUUUUGCAGACAACCAUUUGACAUUCUGUAACUCGUAUUUGUACAGAAUGAGUUGUAAAAAUACAGCAACUACAGUAAAGUGAUUAUGGGAUGUCAACAUGCACAAAAGUCACUUGCUGUACAUCAGAAAGCCAGAUUACUGUGUAUACACGUGUGACGGUCAUUGCGAAAUUGCGUGCCCUCUCCCCAAUGGCACGUCUCAUUCAAAACAAACGGUUAAUCUUUGUUAUUUAUCUUAACUGUUCAGUUUUUGUACUAGUUGUGCAAAUACUGGACAUCCACGGAAACUGGACUGAAAUGGUAUGGUGUACUAGGCUACAUCUUUACAAGCAGACAUUACUUGUAAAAAUAAAUUAUCCUGUGAAUGCACAGGAGGAGCUUAACCGUGUUUACAAAUUGGCUAUCAGGGUCACAGCUGGAGAUGAAUAUCACGACCAGAUCCAGGCUGAGCCUGGGGAUUGCCAGUAAAGUUUAAACAACAUCGAUCCUGAUGCCCAUUAGGGGAACAUUACUGUCAUAUGUACGACUCUGGAGGUAAUUCUCUAUUGCUCACCUGCAAUUGUGAUUAUGCCAUUGCACGCCAGGCCAGAUCCUAUGAUAUUUCAUUCUGCAAGACAGCGCUGCGUGUUUUAUUUUGCCUGGGGAGUUUACAAUUGUUGCAUUUAAAUGUUUUGACGCCUGCGGAUAGAGGUCGUUUCCAUCAGGAGAAUAUUCACCAUUUCAAAUAAAUAUAUUUCUCACAAGUGAAUCAAACGUAUGCAAAAUGUCCGUGUUUUUUAUGGGUUUUUUUUCAAGUAAAGCUGGCCAACGACAGGAAUUCACGGAUCGUUGGAUCACAGAUCUUUGCUGUAGUCAGCAUAUAAUUUGCUGACCUACUUGACCUAUCCGUAGAGAUGUUUGUUAUCCUGUCUCACGUAUGUUUUCCAAGCACUGGAUUUCUUGAAAAUGGCAAACAAAAAAUUCGCAUCGCACCACAGCGCAGUGCAGGCCUCUUUUUUUUAAGCGUCUUGCGUUUUGCGUGAUUGUUUUCUAAGAAUAUUUAAAGGACAAAUGGCAGCCUUUUCGCACUUAAGUGAGUAAGACUACAUUUCUGACUCCCAAUGGGCCAAAGUGAAACAUUUGCACUGACCUGGAGAUGUGAACCCAGAUAAAGUGUCACUUUCCUGAUAUCUUCCAUAUGCUCACAGUUCUAACGCAUUACUUGUGGCACCCAGAAGAAAUAUUAUACUCACCAUUGCUGUCUUUUCUCUUUCAUAUGCUCAAGAUCACAGGCUUGCACAUUUCCAACUAUUAUAUACUGUUAGAGUUAAAUUUCCAGACUGGAAGCUCGAGACAAAACACCCACAUUGUUAUGGAAGCUGCUCUGCUGAAGUCUGCAUAAAUCUUUUAGUUACGCCAGGCUGGUGCCAGCUUCUCUAGAUUACACACACACUCACUCAAACUCGUCCAAUGGAAUCAGACGUGGUUCUGGCUGGCGAAGCCGAUUUCUCUUUUUCACAGUGCAGAGGCUGUAGUUAAUUUAUUCACUUGCAGUAUCGAAGUCAUUCUUCACCAUACGAAGAUGAAUUUCGCUUAUUCCAGUAUAUGCCAGAUUUUUUUGCUGAGCCAAGUCUAUAAGGUGAUUCCACUGUUUGUUAUAAUUCCAUUCCAAUACAGUGUUGUGACAAGGACCUGCUUUGAGUUUUCAUUUUAAAUGUUUGAAGUUAUCAGUACUCCAUACUACGGGUUUUUUGGGUUAAUAAUGUAAUCACAUUCAUUUUGACAACAUAUAGUAUAUACUUUUGUACCGUAU